AUGGAAAGUAACGCCAGUGCUGAGAAGGUUCCCCUAAACGGUUACGAUAUUCCCGUGUACGGAAUUAACAACGGAACAUUUCUAGCCAUCCACAUUCCCGCCAUACUGUGUAUUGUUACUAGUUUCACGUGCGCGGUAGCCGCCGUCGUGCUGUCGUUCAAACACCGGAACUACCACUCGUUCUUCUCGCUUUGGUCCAAGAGUGAGAGGUUCGUGGUUUACCUGGCGAUGUGUGACGGCCUCUUCAACGUGGCACACUUCACCGACCACCUUCACAUCGUGAUCGUCCGUAAUCAUGUCUACCCCAAGGAGCUGUGUGAGUUCUAUGGCUUCAACCUCGCCUUGUUCAUAACGGCCCAGAAUCUCAUGGUGAACGUGGUGGCUGUCAACGCUUUUAUGCUCAUGUACUUUGAUCGCAGCAUCAACUUCGGGCGCUAUGAUUGGAGGCUGCUAGCGUGGACAUUCGGCGCUCCGUUUCUGGGAGCAACCAUUGCCGGUAUAUUAGGCCAGCUCGGAACCAACGGAUCAUUGCGGCAGUACGCCAAGGGAGAGUACAUCUCCACCGAACGAUCCAUGGGUUCCCACCGCAGUCAUAGUCAUGGUCAUUCCCACGACGUGCCCAAGAACCACCAUAUUAUCCUGCAUCCUCAUGAUUAAUCAGAAGCUGACCGUUUGAAGUCACGAAACACGCACUUUUCGCAAUUUAAUGUUUUGUUGUAUAAUUAUUAUACUCAUAAGAAAUUCAGGAACAGUCAGCAUAAGUUAACUGCCACCAGUUGUAAAAUGUUACAAUGUCGACAGUUAAUUCCAUUUUCGAAAUGUAAUUAUAAGCAUGAAAAUGAGUUCAGAUAGCAGGUUGUCUUACAGUCGAACCCCGUUGGCUCGAACUCCUAGGGACCGGCGAAAAUACUUCGAGCCUCGGAAAAUUCGAGGCA